AUGUCGACCUCGAAAGCAUUACCAUUGAGUUUAGGCUUUCUAGCAUUGGCAAGUGAGACUGUCAUGCUUAUUUUCAACAUCAUCUUCUCGGCCACCAUCUCGAAUCACAGCACGUCAAACAAAGCAAGCGUAUCAUCUUAUGUCGCGACCGGUCUUGGAGUUGUCACAGAAGCAUUACUUGUGCUACUGGUAAUCAGACAAAUCAAGUAUCAAAACCACAUUCAAGAUCGUGGAAAUGGACGACUAAGAAUAUAUCUCUUUGCUGGACUCACCUCCAUAUUUACCGGGUUAUCGGCAAUCGCUACAGCACUUUCAUUGUGCUUAAUGAGGCAAAAUUUGUCUCUACUCCCCAAAAUAAUUAUUUCCUCCCCGGCGCAAUCGAUGACGAUGGGUGGGUUUGUUAUCUGGGCAAUAUCGUUGGCUUCGCAAGCCGUAUUUCUCAUUUGUUUAGUUGUAAUUCAAAGGAAAGACUUUCAUCAACAAAUUCAGCCAUAUAUCACCGAAUCAGAAGCACACAUCUCUUCGGAAAUGCAGCAGAGAUCACAACCCCAGAGCCUAAACGAUGGAUCCGAAUAUGGAAGAAAUGGCUCGAUAGAAUCGAAGAUUCAAUGGUCAAAUAGUGGUCGAUCUCGAUCAGGAUCGGAUCCAAAACGUUCGAUGGGCUCAUUCCGAUCAUCGAUCUCUCAUGUUGUACGCCCGAUCACUUCGAAGACUCGACUUAUUCAUUCCAACAGCCAGCGCAGUCAUCAUUUCCGACCAUCUUCUAUCGACUCAAAUUAUCGCGAAACGACUGAAAGGGCGGAAGACGACUUCGACUCAUGGAACACAUCUGGUGUAGAUGCGCAAUCUAGACAAGUUAUUGAAUCAGCUUCACCCAGCCCCCCAAGGUUUCUCGAAACGAUUCCCGCUAGUCCGACUGGAAGUAGAAGUCCGAGUCCAGGGUUCCCAUUAGAUCUUGAACCCCCCAGGCCAACACGGAGUCGAAGUUACAGUCCAGCUGCGAGCAUCAGGAGUGAGAGAUCACUCUAUCGAGCGAGGCAAGGAGGGAUGAGUCCCGAAGGCACAAGGGAGGAAAACAUCCAUCCUUUAUUUAGAUCCGACUCUCCUAGUCCGGCACCUGCUGCUACUGCCGAAACCAUCAUAACCGCCGCUCCGGGAGCUGGAUCGAUUACCUUGUCGGAUGUUCACAGCAUCCGUUCCAUAAACCGAUUAAGAAGUGAGAGUCUACCUCCACUCAUGCACAAUCCCAGCUUGGAUAGCAUCCGACGCGCGAUAGAACAGGAAGAUAUGGGAAUAACUGAAGAAGUCGAAGGAGAGCGUAGCCUGACACCACCCAUACCGGAAUGGAUAUUAGGAGCUAGACCACGGACCAGUAUGUCCGAGUACAAUCGCAAAAAGGCCAUGUCGGUGAGUAAAGUAGGGAAGUCGGAUACGACAGAGUAUUGA